GUUCAAGCUGCUAAGUUAAAGACGCCGUAACAAAUCGGGCAGAACAACUACUAUAUUGCUAAAUAUAUAGCCACCGGUGUUAAACAGUGCGCGCAUAAGAAUAUAUUAGUCAUUUCUUAUGUUACGGGGAUGCCAUUUUUAUGCAUAAAAACUUGAAUUGUAUAUAAAAUAAAAUUUUCCCAAACUUUUUUAUCUUUAUGAGUCACAGGAAAACCCCCUUUGGUGAUUUUUUAAAUCGAUUUUUUGCGGAUUUUUGAAGGAAUGCAAAAUUUACAUCGUUGCUUAGUUUAGAAUGAGCGGGUCACUUAAGCAAAUUAAAGCCGUGUUAAUUGAUUUAAGCGGGACAUUACAUGUUGGUAACAACAUCAUACCAGGCGCACAAAACGCCGUUAAUAAACUGCGCAAAAGUCGGUUAAAAAUAAAAUUCGUUACAAAUACAACAAAAGAAAGUCAUCAGUCAUUACACGAUAGAUUAAACCGCCUGGGUUUUGAGGUCAAAAAGGAUGAAAUUUUUACGUCUUUAUCGUCCGUGCGAACACUUAUUGAUAAAAUGAAGCUACGUCCGCAUCUUAUGCUUUCCGAGUCAGCAAAAAGGGAUUUUUUUGGAGUUGAGACGGAAAAUCCGAACGCAGUUGUAAUGGGUCUAUCACCUGACCAUUUCAAUUAUGAAGAAAUGAAUAAAGCAAUGAAACUUUUACAAAAUGGUGCGAAGUUGAUUGCUAUAAACAAGGCAAGAUAUUUUCAACGUGAGAAUGACAUAGCACUUGGAACUGGAGCAUUUGUUGCAGCACUUGAAUAUGCAACUGAUGUUAAGUCUAUUGUGGUCGGCAAGCCAGAAAAAUCAUUUUUUCAUGGUGCCAUUGAGUCUUUGGGCACUGUGACACUGUUUGACACUCCUUCCUUUAGCCCAAAAAAUACGGGUUUAAAGCAGAUGCUCCUGGAGACAUUUCUUGUCUCAAAUUUUCAAUACUUAACCAUAGAGAUAAUACGCAGUAUGAUCUAUACUCGUUCUGGUUGACUCACAUUCCGACCCAAUUGUAUUGUGUGAAACCGGAAGCAUAUAAUCACUACAGUUUAUCAAAUGUUAUGUAUAUACAAAGAGUGCAGCUAUUAACCCUUUUUUUUUGAGAUAUUGCAAUUUAAGCUAUACAUUCACUUGUACAAAUUAACCGUGUUAUUUUGUAUAUUGCUAUUUGAAAAAAAAUAAGGCAUACAUUAUACACAGUGGCGCAGCCAGGGGGGUUUAGGGGGUCAU